CAGUGUGGAGGUCCAACGAAGGAGCUCCCUGAAUGGCAGAGACAAGAGGAAAUCAGAUGAUUUGGAAAACUUGGGAGGAAGCCAUCAAGCUGGGAGAUGAGGACUUUCCACAAGCAAGAGCUAACUAGGGGCACAGGACAGGAGUAGGCACCUCGCCCACUGCUGCUUAACCUUUCAGCUUCUCCAGGCCCCCAAUCCUGCUUGCUCCCAGCUUGGCCCAGAAGGAUGUCGGUCUGCUACCGUCCCCCAGGGAACGAGACACUGCUGAGCUGGAAGACUUCGCGGGCCACAGGCACAGCCUUCCUGCUGCUGGCGGCGCUGCUGGGGCUGCCCGGCAACGGCUUCGUGGUGUGGAGCUUGGCGGGCUGGCGGCCUGCACGGGGGCGACCGCUGGCGGCCACGCUUGUGCUGCACCUGGCGCUGGCCGACGGCGCGGUGCUGCUGCUCACGCCGCUCUUUGUGGCCUUCCUGACGGGGCAGGCCUGGCCGCUGGGCCAGGCGGGCUGCAAGGCGGUGUACUACGUGUGCGCGCUCAGCAUGUACGCCAGCGUGCUGCUCACCGGCCUGCUCAGCCUGCAGCGCUGCCUCGCAGUCACCCGCCCCUUCCUGGCGCCUCGGCUGCGCAGCCCGGCCCUGGCCCGCCGCCUGCUGCUGGCCGUCUGGCUGGCCGCCCUGUUGCUCGCCGUCCCGGCCGCCGUCUACCGCCACCUGUGGAGGGACCGCGUAUGCCAGCUGUGCCACCCGUCGCCGGUCCACGCCGCCGCCCACCUGAGCCUGGAGACUCUGACCGCCUUCGUGCUUCCUUUCGGGCUGAUGCUCGGCUGCUACAGCGUGACGCUGGCACGGCUGCGGGGCGCCCGCUGGGGCUCCGGGCGGCACGGGGCGCGGGUGGGCCGGCUGGUGAGCGCCAUCGUGCUUGCCUUCGGCUUGCUCUGGGCCCCCUACCACGCAGUCAACCUUCUGCAGGCGGUCGCAGCGCUGGCUCCACCGGAAGGGGCCUUGGCGAAGCUGGGCGGAGCCGGCCAGGCGGCGCGAGCGGGAACUACGGCCUUGGCCUUCUUCAGUUCUAGCGUCAACCCGGUGCUCUACGUCUUCACCGCUGGAGAUCUGCUGCCCCGGGCAGGUCCCCGUUUCCUCACGCGGCUCUUCGAAGGCUCUGGGGAGGCCCGAGGGGGCGGCCGCUCUAGGGAGGGGACCAUGGAGCUCCGAACUACCCCUCAGCUGAAAGUGGUGGGGCAGGGCCGCGGCAAUGGAGACCCGGGGGGUGGGAUGGAGAAGGACGGUCCGGAAUGGGACCUUUGACACCAGACCCUACAACCUGCUGCCCUUCCCUGUCCCUUUCCACCCCCCACCCACCCUCCGGAGGUCAGUGUUCUGGGGCAUUUGGGGACCCUUCUUUGACUAGAGUUUGGAUCUGGCUGGGUAGGAUUACUAUACACUUGGGGCAGGCCCAGGCUCCUCCAAACUGAGGGAUUAUGAGGGUGGUGAUGGUCCCUGUUAAGGACUAUUGUGUGCUUGCAAGUUGGCAUGUACCCAUGUGCCAGCAUUGCUUACUUGUUGCCAAUAGCUGUUAUUGUGAAAUACACUGGGAAGCCAUUAGAUGAUGACUUAAGUGUGCUUCCCCUGGUGGUUCUUCAUGCCUGAGUUGUACUGAAGCCACCUAGUUCCCUGCUGGGUCAAGCCAGGCUGGGCAGUGCCAGCCUUCAGUGGCAUCUUGACCUGCCCUCCUCAGCCCAGGUGCCCUGGUUCCACAGGCCAACCCAUAGAACCACUCUGGAAAUAAAGGAGAAAAUGGAAGGAGAGGUAUGGGAGCUUGGAUGAGGGGUAGGAAUGGGAUCCAUUCUCUGAGGCUUAUAAAAGCCUCUGAGGAGGAAAUGGCUCUGAAGGGGAAAAUGAAUCUGUGGGGUUUGAAAAGGAAGUUUUCCUGCCUGUCUUGUGUUUGGUCCAGUGAGUGUGAGACAGGCACACAAGGAGUGGACAGUGGUGUAGGGGCCCUGGGAGUCUGAGACUUACCUUGCCCCCUGACCAUCUGAUCCUCCCUGCAAAGGCCACCUGACGUGAAAAGGAGCCAGGAGCAAGCACUCAGUCGGGAAGUUUGGAGGUUGGCCAUCGGGGUAUGAGGAAUGGCAGGAAUAUUUAGAGGACAGGAAUAAUUUUUCAGAGAAGUGCCACAUAUUCUUUUUCUCUUUGCCAAGUCUGGGCUCCUUCUAAGAUGCUGCUAGCUAUUCCUAGCCCGUUCCCCAAUACUUCUCUGCCCCCACCUUUUGGAAUCCUUAUCUAGGUCUAAAAACGGUUCUAGAUCCUGACCCCUUUGAUUGGGGGAUGUAGAAUGGGAUUCUUUUCAGGGGACAUCCACAAGUACACAUCUGUGGUCACUAAGGUGACCAGCUCAUCCCAGUUGGCCUGGGACUUUCCCAGUUUAAGCACUGAAAACUCCUUGUCCCAG